GGACAACGCGCUUCUUUUGCUGAUGCGCAAAAGCAACGCAGCGCUUGCUUGGUUUGCUUCGUAGCCAUUUCGACAACAACACCUUGAGGUGGCGGUGGUGGUGCUUUUUGAGCCGACACCCGUGAUUUUUGAAUGGACGAGUGUGAUCACACAACCAGAUGGCACAACAAGAUCACAGCUACGUGUUGACAAAGGACAUGAUGGUGAGAAGCAGGAGGAACACUCAACGUGGCAGCACGCGCAGCACGCGCAGAAGCAGGGGGAUGGCCAUGUUGGCGCAGCUUGCGCUCCUGACCCUAUGCUGUGCGCUCGGCAGCCACGCGCUGCCACCAGGCAUCUACAGGGAAAAGGUCAACCAGUAUGACCCUGUUGUGGUAGUGACAGACAUGCUGUUUCUGUCCGAAGACACCUUUCUGUACUCGGAAGAGUUUGGCCUCGUUCACAUCUGCCAACGCAGCAACGGCGACCUCAUCAAGGAGACAUACAUUGACCUGACGAGUGUCACGGACGGCGGCGGCAACAAAGGCAUCCUGGACAUGCAGCUUGAUGACGACUUUGAGAACAACCAACAAGUCUGGAUCUACUACAGCCGAAACACCGUCUCUGGCCCUGGCGAUGCUGCUGGGGACACGAAUCGCGUGUCGCGGUUCACGCACCACCACAACAGCGGCGGGCUCACCAGCCGGCUGGACAUCAACUCCGAGGUUGUGGUGUGGGUCGACCCAGAGGGGUAUCCGGACAUCCCCGUGUCGCUGCACUGGCACUACGGCGGGCAGCUCACGUGGGGGCCCGAUGGCAAGCUCUAUUUCUCCCAGGGCGACAAAAUGAUCGACCCAAACUGGUCCAGCGAUAUCACCCACUUUGCAGGCUGCAUCAUCCGCAUGAACAAGGACGGCACGUUCCCUGCCGACAACUACGGUGCCCAGAACGGUGGCGCCCCUGGCUGCUGGGGUGCAAACGGUCUCCGCUCUCCCUGGCGCACGACGUGGGAUCUGCCCACGGGGCGGUACAUCAUCGGCGAUGUCGGUGGCAACGACCAGGACACGGCAGUGGAAGAGCUGCACAUCUACAAACCGGAGAUGGGAUUCGUCAACUUUGGCUGGCCGCACUGCGACGGCUCAAACUGCGAAUACACUCAGCCAAACAACAAGUACCCUGUCCGCGAGUGGGCGCACAACGGCAACGCGGCUGCCGUCAUUGGCGGCUUUGUCUACCGCGACACGAUGCUCCCGCCAGAGUUCAGGGAGGCCUACUUCUUUGCUGAUUACGGGCAGGGCUGGAUGCGCUAUGUCAAGUUUGAUGCCAGUGGACUCAACAUCAUUGAAGACAAGCUCUUUGACGAGAACCCAGGCCCAACCACAACCAUGGAGCUUGCGCCUGACGGGAGCAUCUGGAUGGCGAACCUGUAUGGAGAGAUCUACCGCUAUUACAGCGAUUACAUGGAGCCAACCACACCGCCAGCAACAACUGCACCGGACGGCGCUACCACAGAGGAACCAACGACCACCACCACAACAACAACCACAACCACCACCUCAACAACAACCACAACAACCACAACCACAACUACGACCACAACUACGACGCCGCCUGGCCCCGCUGUCCGCCUCUACUUUGAAGCCGUUCCAGCGGACUCAGUCUCGCACAUGCGGCUUGACGGCAAGCUGGUGGAGCUGCCCUAUGUCCUGGACACAUAUGUCGACGCAUACCACAUCAUCGAGGCGAUUGAUGACCGCUGCGAUACGGGCAGUGGAAACUUCUUCCGGUUCCGCGGAUGGAGCUGGGGUGGGCCAGACCGGCAGAUUGUGCGGGUCAACUCUGUGUGGCGACAUUGGCGGCUGUUUUACAACAACAAGGACGACCCGAGCCAGUACAACUGCUACAAACUGGCAUAAUUCUUGUCGCAUCUCUGUGCGUUUGUGUGGGUGGGUGUGUGUAUGUGUAUGUGUAUGUGCGUGUGUGUGUGUGUGUGUGUGUAUGUGUGUUUGUGUGUGUGUGUGUGUGUGUGUGUGUGUGCGUGUGUGUGUGUGCGUGCGUGUGUGUGCGUGCGUGCGUGCGUUUGCGUGUGUGUGUUUGCGUGUUUGUGUGGUUGCUUGUGUGCGCAUCUUCAUGUGUGUACGUACAUACGCCUGUCUAUAUGUGCGUGUUGUGCUCCUUGCUCCUCUUUCCUGUUUGCCAUUUCUUUUUUUUUCUUUUUUUGUCUUGAUGCGCUGUGUGAAGAAGCGUGUGGUGGUAUUUCUUGAGUGCACCUUUUUGCGUGCCUGGUUCCCUUUCCUUUCUCGACCGCGUGCGCAUGUGACUGCUCGUAGCUAAUAAACCUGCAUAAUACGUA